AUGAAGUUCCAAUUCCUUGGACUAAUCUGCCUAAUCACAACCGUGCUGGCGGUUUUCAGUGAUGAAGCAUAUGUUACAGAUUGGAAAAUUCGUCAAAUAGGUCCAUUGGAUAGUUCAAAUAUCCUUUAUCCAAGAAAAGAGAUCUUGAAUUUAUUAACGAAAACCAAUACUUUAGCAGGUAUUCAGGAUGGGAAUGUUAGAUGGAGAGUGCAUUUCGAUGAUGUUGUUGAAGAUUCAAAGCAAAGUGUUAUUCAAUUGGGUGAUAAUAUCGUCACCGGGUUGAAUUAUCUAAACCGUUCAUUAUUACAAGUUUGGGAUCCUAUUGAUGGGUUCUGGAUUAAAGAUUUAGCAAUUUUCACAAGUAAAGAGAUUAGUGCAAUUAAAGCCCACGGUGAGAAUGUUAUUGUUGUUUUCAAAAAUGGUGAAGUUGUUUUGGUUAAUAAUGAUGGUGAUAUUAAAUCAUUUGAAUCAAUUUCGAAAUUUGAUAAUGUUAUUAUAUCACCUUUAGAGAAUGGGAAUUUCAUCAUCUUGUUUAAUGAGCAAGAUACUGAAAAUACUCAUUAUGGGUUCUAUGAUGGUGAGAAAUUCCAUACCCAUACUUUACAAAUAUCUUGGAGUUCAAUCAAAGAAUUCCAUGGGGCAAAACUAGUUUAUCAGACAAUCAAAUAUUAUGUUUUACAAUUUGAUAAAAACACUGGUGUUGUUUCAUCACCAAUUCCAAUCCAAGGUAAAUUUGACGAAUUCAUUGCAAUCAGAAUUGAUUCAUUAAUUGCAUUUGAAAGAAAUCAUAAUAUUGAAAUUUUAAAAUUAGAUGGAUCUCUUUUAUUCACAAUUCCAAAUGUUCAUAAAUAUCUUUUGAAAUUUGUUGAAAAUUCAUUUAUUUUAUUCACAGAAUAUCAUGUUAAUAUCAUUGAUCCAGAUACUGGAGAUGAAAUUUCAAGUUUUUUCCUUGGUGAUGAAAAAUUACCAUUUGAUUUAAUCAAAUCGAUCUCAGUUUCCACUGAUGGUGUGGAAAAUAUUCAUUCAAUGUUUGAAUUUUCAAACCAAACUUAUUCUUAUGUUUGGAAUAAUGUUAAAGUUUGGCAAAGAGAUGCAUCUUUAUCCCAAGUUGUUGCACAUGCUAUCGUUGAUUUAGAAGUUGAAACUAGUUUAACACCAGAUGAUUUAUUACAUGAAGAAGAAUUGAACGUUUUCCAAGCUUACCUUUUCAGAUUAACAAAACAUGCUAAAGAAUUGAAACAACUUUAUGAAUCAUUUUGGGAAACAUUACCUUUAAUAGCCACUGGUGAAGUAUCACUUUUUGGCCAAACAAAAGAAAAUAAUGAAUAUUUUGGCUUCAUCAAGUACUUGAUUCUUGGUACUAAAAGUGGUAGAGUUAUUGCAUUGAAUACAUUGAAUGGUGAAAAAGUUUGGUCGUUUGAUACUCAACAAGAUGAUAUCCUUAGUAUUGAAACUGUUGAAAAUGAAAGAUUAUACGUUUUCACUAAAUCUGGGCCAAGAUUAGAAUUGGAUGCUAAAACUGGUGAAUUCAUUGAGAAAAAAUUAAUUGUUCCUCCUUUAAAAGUCGAGAAACUUGAUAGUGAUGAUAAAUUUUAUGUUGAAAUUGAAAAUGAAUUUGCAGUUAUCUUAUCUGAUGACCCAUCAAAUUUAAAUUCCUCAUCAUCCAGCUUCAUUAUAAAACAUGAUUCAAAUAAAAUUCAAGGUUUGAAAAUCGAAGGCAAGAAAGUUUUACAAACUUGGAAGUUUGAAACAACCGCAGAUGAAGAAAUUGUUGCAUUUGCUUCAAAGGAUGAAGAUGAAAAAAUCGCAAAUGUUGGUUAUGUUCUAGGUGAUCGUUCCGUAUUGUACAAAUACCUAUAUCCAAAUUUUGCAGCCUUUGCCGUGUUGAACAAACCAACAAAGACAUUAUACAUCCAUAUAAUUGAUUCUAUUACUGGUGAGAUUGUCCAUACAGCAUACCAUGAUGAACAUGUUCAUGAAGAUGAGCAUAUAAAUAUUUUAUUUGGUGAACAUUGGGUGAUUUAUUCAUAUUGGAGUAAUAAACCAUAUCCUGAACAAAAAAUUGUGGUUAUUGAUUUGUUUGAAUCUUUAAAAUCAAAUGAAAAAUUCUCGAAUAAUACUUCAUCAUCAUUAGAUUAUAAACAUCCACCUGCAGUUUUAUCAAAAUCAUUUAUUUUACCAUUCAAGAUUAAUUCAAUGGCUAUUUCUAAAACAAGAUUUGGUGUCACUACAAAAUCAAUAAUCAUAUCAUUAACUAAUGGACAGAUUUUGUACCUACCAAAAUAUAUUUUGAAUUCAAGAAGAGUUCAAGACAGACCUUUAACAAAUGAAGAAAAAUCAGAAUUUAUGUUAACACCUUAUGAUCCAAUAAUUACAAUUGAUGAUAAUUUUGUUAUAUCUCAUCAUAGACAAGUUAUGGGUGCUGAUACAUUGAUUUCAGUUCCAACUAAUUUAGAAUCAACUUCAAUUGUUUGUUCAUAUGGGCUAGAUGUUUUCUGUACAAGAGUUUCACCAUCUUUACAAUUUGAUAAAUUAACUUCUGGUUUUGAUAAAGUUAAGUUGAUUGCAAGUAUAUUGAUGUUGAUUAUCAUUGUACUAAUCUUGAAACCUUUGAAAGAUUCAAGAAAUUUGAAAUCAUUAUGGGUUAUUGAAUCAUAA